GCAUGCCUGAUUGGAUUUGAUGCUUGAUUUGCAUGACUCCUAACAGUCGGUUUCUGGACUUGUCACUGAGCAAGCAUGGCCCAGCCAGCAAAUAUUAACGGCAGCUCUGCAGAAAAAGAUGAAAAUGCUCUGAAUGGGGAGGAUGACAGAAAUCAGAAGGACCCCUAUUUUGUGGAAACACCUUACGGCUACCAGCUUGAUUUGGAUUUUCUCAAGUAUGUGGAAGAUAUACAGAAGGGAAAUACUAUUAAGAAACUGAACAUUCAGAAAAAGCAGAAAGUGACGCCACCUUUUGCAGCCGGCAAAAACACCUCUGGCCAGUGCAGCGGGUGGACAUCAAAUGAAUCUCUGUCUUCAUCCAACAGUGAUGAAAACAAACAUUCGUCUUUGCUCUUUGCAGCACGAAGCCCAGCAGCCGCUGCCCCGAGGCCGUCCUUGUCCUUUGAAGCCUCUCCGAGUUUCCUAACGAUCCCCGAAAACAAACAGCUCCGGCCUCCUUCGCCACAGCUGCCUCGGCACAACCUCCGCGUUACCAAAACUCUCAUGGAAACGCGGAGAAGAUUGGAGCAGGAGAAGAUGGCAAUGCAGGCGAUCCCAGGAGAAUCCCGGAGGCCGAGGCUUUCCAGUUUUGGAGCCAUGGGCUCCACAAGCUCUCUCCCUUCCUUUGUGGGGUCCAGCGGCCACAACCAGAUGUCUCAGCAGUUUCAGAACGGAUACCAGGCCAAUGGGGAAUAUAACCUUUAUCUUGCAUCCUCUCUAGGGAGCUCCAUCCGCCACAGCCCCUUGAGCUCAGGGAUAUCGACACCCGUGACUAAUGUCAGCCCAGUGCACCUGCAACACAUCAGGGAACAAAUGGCCAUUGCCCUCAAGCGCCUCAAGGAGCUCGAGGAGCAAGUUAAGACUAUUCCUGUGCUCCAGGUUAAGAUUUCAGUGUUGCAGGAGGAGAAGAGGCAGAUGGUAGAGAAGCUCAAAAGCCAAAGGGUAGUCAACCAGAACGACGCAGGCCAUUUCAGAAAGAGAUCUUACAGUGCAGGGAAUGCGGAGCAGUGGAAGCCCCUCUCUCCCGCCAGAGGGGGUGGCGAACUCUAUAUAGACUGUGAGGAAGACAUGGGGAGUGUGGAACAUAGCUCAGAGAGGGUGGAAGAGUUCAGGCAGUUGACUGCUGAAAUGCAAGCCUUGGAGAAGAAGAUCCAGGAGAGCAGCUACGACGUUCCAUCUAACCUGCGAAUGAACCAAGCAAGCACAACGAAAGAGAGCAGAUCAGUUGCCGUGGGCACAGAGGAGAACAUGAACGACGUUGUUGUGUACAACAGAGCUUUGAUGAAGUGCAGGGAUGUAGCAGUAGGAACAGAGCAGAAGACUAAAGAUUCUGGUGUCGGGGUGACGGAGGGGAUGCUUGGCCUGUCUACAGAGGCUGAGAGAGAACUCGAGCUCCAGCACCAGACCAUUGAAGCCCUCAAAGAUAAAAUCUACCGGCUGGAAGUUCAGCUGAGGGAAACGACUCACGACAGGGAGAUGACCAAAUUGAAGCAUGAGCUCCAGGCAGCUGGAUCCAGGAAAAAAAUGGACAAGGCGCUGAUGGCGCAGCCCCUUGUCUUCAGCAGAGCGGUGGAAGCAGUCGUGCAAACAAAAGACCAAAUGGUGGGAGGUCACGUGGAUGUGGUUGAUUCAUGCGUGGGGAGCCAUCUGCAGAUGAGCAGCGUUGGAGUAUUGUGCAGGCCUCAAUCGCACAGUUCAGCUGCGGGCCCAGAUGUGCCUAUGAAUUGGUGGAUUGUGAAGGAGAGAAAAGAGAUGUGUGAUCGGUGCACUGGGAGCUCUCUCGAGACGUGCGACAAAUGUGUGGGCACGGAAAGGUCCGUCUGCGAAACCGGGGUCAAUACGGAGGAAUCCGUGGACAGAUUAAGCCUGCGCAAGACGGAGCUGAAAAUCAAGGAAGUUCGCUCCAUAGGCUGCGGAGACUGCCCCGUCCACACAGUCUGCCCAGGAAGCAAGGCCGUUUCCCGCAGCACCAACACGGAGCCCUGUUGCAAGGCAGAUACUGGAGUCAUGGCAGUGCCUCGUACGGCAACCCAGGGAACCAACACAGUGUUAGAACAAGCUGACCAGUUCACCAACACGGACGUAGCUCUCUUGACAGAUUCCGGCACCAACACUUUCCUGAGCGCUUGCGAUAAACAGACAAACACUGUGAUUGUUGAGAUGAGGACAGUCGCUAUAGGAGAUGGAAGGGUCAAGGAUGUAAAUACAGUGGCUAAAACUCGAUCCAUUGGCGUGGGGACGCUGCUCUCUAGCACGGCGAGCUUUGACAAACCCUCCCUAGCAAAGACCAAAGACUGUGGCGUGGGGCAGAUCAGUAUUAACGAGAACUAUCUAGUGGGCCUGAAAAUGAGAAAUAUUGCCUGUGGUCCUUCUCCGGUGUCUGUGGCGCCGCCCAGCACGAGAAGCAUUGGUGUGGGGGGUGACCCUGUUUCCGAAUGGGAGAACCUCGGGUUGGAUAGCCCCUUCUCUCAGCCUGAGAUGAAGACCGGCUUGGAUCACUACAUCGAACGGGUCCAGAAGCUCGUCCAAGAGCAGCAGAUGCUUCUUGCCGAAAACUACACCGAGCUAGCCGAUGCGUUUGGAGAGCCCCACUCGCAAAUCGGCUCUCUUAAUUCUCAGCUCAUCAGCACCCUGUCCUCCAUUAACAGCGUCAUGAAGUAUGCGAGCACAGAGGAGCUGCGCAACUUGGAUAUAUCGAAGCAGCAGUGCGCGGAGAGACCUUCGGCAACAGCAGACAAUUUGUUGCACGUCCCUCGUGGCCACCCUGGUAGUUCUCAUUCAGUUUCAAGCUCCCAGGUGUUGAAACUGGGUCAGGAGAUGGGGCCAAUAAGCAAGGAGAAGACCACCCUUGUGGGAGCAGGACCGGACCGGACAGCCCCGCCGUCCCAAGACAGCAGCAUGUCUCCAAUUAAUCUUACAGAUGACCAGCUUGCCUCUGGGCUUUAUGUAUGUGCAAAUGAGGGCAUGCUGAAGUCCAUCAUGAAGAAGAAGGAUGGGAAAAAGGAAGAGAAUGGGAAGAAGAACCUGCAGUUUGUCGGGAUUAAUGGAGGGUAUGAAACAACCUCAAGUGACGAUUCUAGUUCAGAAGAGAGUUCGUCGUCUGAGUCCGAUGAUGAGUGUGUCGGGAACGAAUAUGCUCAAAUUGAAGAGAAUGGCAGUGUGCUUGCGGUAGAAGGACAGCAGGAGAGAAACGCCGGAGAUGUUAAGUCUGCCAGGGUGGAAGAAAUGGUGGAGGUUCAAGAGACUGAGAUGGAGAAAGUGGAAAUCCGUGAGAGAUAUGAAUUGAGUGAAAAGAUGUUGUCUGCCUGCCAUCUUCUUAAAGGCAGCAUCGAUGACCCAAAGGCUAUGCUCAGCAAAGAGAUUAGGUUUUGUUUAAACACCAUCCAGCACGAGUGGUUUCGUGUGUCCAGCCAAAAGUCGGCUGUUCCUGCAAUGGUUGGGGACUACAUAGCUGCUUUUCUGGAGGUUUCUCCUGCAGUCUUGAGAUACAUCAUCAACAUGGCCGACGGCAAUGGCAACACAGCUCUCCAUUACAGCGUCUCCCACUCCAACUUUGAAAUUGUGAAGCUGCUUUUAGAUGCAAAUGUCUGCAAUGUAAAUCACCAGAACAAGGCUGGCUAUACCCCCAUUAUGUUGGCUGCUCUUGCAGCUGUAGACGCGGAGAAAGAAAUGAGAACAGUGGAAGAGCUCUUUGCCUGUGGAGAUGUCAAUGCUAAAGCAAGCCAGGCUGGCCAAACGGCUCUCAUGCUUGCUGUGAGCCACGGGCGAAUAGAUAUGGUGAAAGCUCUGCUGGCUUGCGGCGCAGAUGUCAACACCCAGGAUGACGAGGGCUCCACGGCUUUGAUGUGCGCUAGCGAACAUGGACACGUGGAAAUAGUCAAACUUCUGCUGGCUCAGCGGUGCAACGGCACGCUGGAGGAUAAUGAUGGCAGUACGGCACUUUCGAUAGCCCUCGAGGCAGGGCACAAGGAUAUAGCUGUUCUUCUCUAUGCUCACGUGAACUUUUCCAAAACACAGUCCCCGGGCACCCCGAGGCUUGGACGAAAGCCAUCUCCCGGUCCACAUAGAGGCACAUUUGAUUGCUAAUGCACAUGUAUCUGUAAGCUCUCGUAUCACCUCUCCCAAGCUGCUAGCGGUUACUGUUUUACAGUGACAGAUAUGAAUGUAAUCGCCUUGUGCCUGAGCUCACCAGCAAACUGAAAGCAAACGCCUAGAGCUAAAGAUAGAGAAGGGUCAACCGGAAGAAAAGUCAGGCCAGCACCUUUCCUAACAACGUUACUUAGGAUCCGUGUACAUAAUGUGACGGUGGUCAUGCAUGUGUGCCUGCUUGCCACAUGGACUGGGCAACAACCCCCCCCCCCAAAAAAAGGUCAAGAACUCUGGUCAA